GUAGUAGGUCUUUGCCGUUACUCAUUAUUGAGGACACACCUAGAGGGCGGAAAAUAGCAGGUUUUAUAUGCGGAAUUAUCAAAAGUGUCUCACCGCAGCGGUAUUGCACGGCUAGGACAGCAAUGACUCGGCAAAUAACAACCCCAUACGGCCAACCGUAGCCGGGAAUUAUCACCUCCACCGUACCCGUGACGGGGCGCUUACAUUAGUGAAAGCCUGAUAGGUGGUGGAGUUGGUGGGUUGGAUAAGGUUAACUAAUAAGCGUCAAGCAUGAGGAGGCUCUCAAGGCUCUCCAGGCUCUGGCCUUUUCUCUAAGGGUCCGCAGGGCCUUCCGUCGUUAACCGCGCCGCUCUUGGUCUUCCCGAUUAGGAAAGUAUACGACGUCAGAGACCCGUCGUCUCGGUACACCGACGUGUAACCACCCUACCGCGAAAAGCCGAAGAUCUCACUUCCAACUUUAUCAUUUGCAAUGUUUGAACUCUUAUAUUAUGCCAGGUGAGAACUUAGAAUUUAGAAAAGAUGUAGGAAAUGAUAACGACCGCACGCACAUAAUGACCUUAUAAAAUCCGUGCUGCGGUAAGGAGACGUGAUAAUAUUAUCAUCGUGACCUAGUUACAUACCUACCUAUUCUAAGAAGAGCAACAAUAUAUGUAGCGACGAAAAUAUUCACAAUGAUAUCCGGGGUUAAUUUAACAUACCUCGCAUCCGGCGUGGCUGCGCUGCUGCUGGUCUAUACUUUCGGACUUGUAGUAUACCGUUUAUUCUUCCAUCCCUUGGCUAAAUAUCCCGGUCCGUUCCUAGCAAAGAUCACAGACAUCUACCAGCUAUAUCAUGCUUGGAAAGGAGACCGACAUCUCGAGUUUUGGCGAUUGCACGAGAAGUACGGCAAGGUCGUGCGAUUCGGCCCAAACAGCGUCUCCUUCAACUCAAACACUGCCUUGAAAGACAUAUAUGGCUUUAAAUCUAAUGUGCGGAAGGCCGAAUUCUACGAUGCCUUCGUCCACCCGGCACCUAACACGCACAACACGAGAGAUAAAACUCUACACGCUCGGAAGAGGAGGGUCCUGUCUCAGGGAUUCUCCGACUCGGCGGUAAAGGAGAUGGAGAAGUAUAUCCUAGCAAAUGUGCGGUCCUUCUGCGAGCAAAUUGGACUUGGCGCUAGUGACGAACAGAAGGGAUGGACGGUCGCUAAAAACAUGGCUGACUGGUGCAACUAUCUCGCCAUGGACAUCCUCGGAGACUUGUGCUUCGGCAAGGCGUUUCAUAUGUUGGAACGGCCUGACAACCGAUACGCGCUUGAGCUCGUAUCACUUGCUACCACAAGACACCUAAUCUGUGGAACGAUGUCCCUCGUUGGCAAGCUUCAUCUCGACAAGGUCCUAUUCCGCAGGAUCGCUACGGGCCGAGCGAAGUACAUGGCGUACAGCAAAGCCCAGCUGACGGAGCGCACUAAGCUUGGCGACGACACGGAUCGGCGCGACUUCUUCUACCACUUGCUAAAGGCAAGAGAUCCCGAAACCGGAAUUGGAUUCUCGACGCCGGAGCUAUGGGGAGAAUCAAACCUACUUAUCAUAGCAGGAAGCGAUACGACGUCGACGGCGAUGGCGGCGACAUUGUUCUACCUCGUCCGUAACCAGGCCUCGCUGCAAAAAGCGAGCGACGAGGUCCGGGCGAAAUUCGGCGACGUAGAAGAGAUCUGCCAGGGCCCGGCGCUAAACUCGUGCCACUAUCUCCGGGCAUGCAUCGACGAGGCGAUGCGCAUGUCCCCUUCCGUAGGCGGGAUCCUUCCUCGCGAAGUUUUGAAGGGCGGCAUUACGAUCGAUGGCGAGUUUAUUCCCGAAGGAAUUGUUGUCGGCACCCCCCACUACACCGUUCAGCACAAUGCGGCGUACUAUCCUCAGCCGUUCUCCUACGUCCCGGAACGCUGGAUUGCGGGCUCAUAUAAGAGCUUCGGCGGCUACGACGGAAACGUCGUUACCGAACAAGACGUAACACUAGCGCAGAGCGCUUUCUGCCCUUUCUCGAUCGGACCUCGGGGGUGUAUCGGAAAGGGUCUGGCAUAUAUUGAGAUGAUGACAACGUUGGCGAGAGUGCUGUAUCUGUACGAUUUGCGCAAGUCGGCCGGCUUUGACCCCGCGGAGGGCAACCCAGAUCUUGAAUGGGGCCGGAGACGCGUGGACGAAUUUCAACUCAUCGACCAAUUCACAAGUUUGAAAGAUGGACCGAUGGUUGAGUUCAGGAAGCGAAUUUAGGUGGUUGAUAUUCCCGGUCGGGAUAAUAAGACUGGGGUAUAAACUGGUUUAUCCCUCUAACUGGCCGUUGGUGCCAGAUAGGGAUUAGGAGGCAAAACACACCUGAUUUUGAUUGACUAGUAGAGCUGGCAUAAGGUAAAAAUGGUAGGUAUAAAAUUACGUACCGUUCAUACCCUUGGCUUUUUUGAAUUCUGGGUCUGAUCCACCGGGUCAUAUGUGUGAAGCUAUUUUGCCUCAUAAUCCCUAGCUAGCGACAAACUACCAGUCGAUGAAAUAGGUCGUGAUAGGUGGCAAUUCGUUCUACCUUUAAGCGACCAACGUCGUAUGCAAUGCCAAGUUAUCAGCUGGAGCUCUAUUCCACCAUUGACAUGUGCUGUAAGGGUCCUAGAAAACAGUUUAAGUAGCUUCGAUUAUAUUUAGAAAUUAGGGCUUAAAGGAUUGGAUUCUUAGGCUAAUUCUUUCAUUGGCGCUCUUAUAACG